CUAACUUCAAGGCACAGAAUGUCAAAAAAUCUCACGCACGUGUUUGUGUUUUUAUUCUAGUUUUACGAAAAAUAUAAAAAUACAUGAAAUAAAAUGAAGCACAAAAGGUUUGAAGAGAACAUAUUAGUGGACGAAGCCUAUACUAACUACAGUCGGGCCGACAAGAAUGAGGAUCGCAAGAAAACCGCUGGUAUUGCAAAGCACUUUGCAGAAACUUUAGAAUACGAUGAGAAAAAGAAGUGGUUUCAUCAGCUGCCCCAGGAGCCUCCAGUCUCAUCAAAAACUUUAACCCCAGAGAAAAUAGAAGAGCUUCGGAAGGAAGCUAGCAGUGCGUUGCACGGGGACACAUUGGCUUAUGAAACAAAGUCCAACAGAAGUGGUUCAUCAGAUCAGCAAUGGGCGAGGACAUUGCUCAACAAGGGUGCUAUUGGUGACAGAGUGGCCGCUGCCACUAUUUUAAUUCAGGAUAAUCCUAUAUUCAAUUUGACUGCAUUGACAAACCUUAUAAAUCAAGUGAAACCAGCAAAGAAGAAGGAUGGCAUUGCUAUUAUAGAUGCCCUAUCAGAGCUGCUAGUCUCAGAGCUCCUCAUCCCAGACACAAAACUACGUACAUUUGAACAGCACCCGCUGGCCGAGAUUGAAGAGAUGACUUCUGGCAAUAAGCAGGCCAAGAGGAACGUGCUGAAACUGUGGUUCUAUGAGGACAGGUUGAAGGAGCUAUAUGGGACAUACGUGGAAGCGCUGAACAAGUUCGCUCACGACUCAGUGGAAGCUAACAAGGAGAAGGCGGUGAGCGCCAUGUCCUACCUGCUGAUGCACCAUCCGGAGAGGGAGAAGAUGCUGCUAAACAACAUAAUCAACAAGCUCGGAGACCCGUCCCAAGCUGUCGCCUCGAAAGUGGUCUACCACCUGUGUCAGUUGCUCUUCAACCAUCCCAACAUGAAGAGUGUCGUACUAGCUGAAAUUGAGAAGAUGUUGUUCAGGACAAACAUCUCCCCGCGAGCGCAGUACUACGCGAUCUGCUUCCUGAACCAGUUCUAUCUGGGCAAAGAUGACUCGAAGAUAGCCGAGAACCUCAUAAGAAUAUACUUCUCGUUCUUCAAGGCCGCUAUUAAAAAGGGUGAAAUCGAAUCCCGUCUAAUGUCAGCAAUCCUAACCGGAGUGAAGCGAGCCUACCCAUUCGCAGACAAGGAACGUCUGACCCAGACGUCCACCCACAUAGACGCUAUAUACAAGCUAGUGCACCUCGCUCGCAUGAACAUAGCUAUACAUGCGCUGGCUCUGUUGCACCAUGUCACUGGUGGGGCGGAGAAGGACUCAGAUAGAUUCUACACAGCACUCUACCGCAAACUAACAAACCCUGAAAUCUUCAACACGACGCAUUCAGCAUUACUCUUCAGUGUCAUAUACAAGUGCAUCAAAGCGGAUACUAAUGUGGAGAGGGUGACUGCGAUGAUCAAGAGACUGCUACAGCUGUGCGCUUAUAUGACUCCUGCGCAGGCUUGUGGUAUGCUGUUCCUGAUAUCUCAAGUGCUGAAGGAUUCCAACAAGAAAGAAGCCAUCAAACUCACUUGGACUAAGAGGGAAUUGCCAGAAGAUGAGGUAAAAGAAGAAAAGCCUGAAAAAUCAGACGAACCGAACGCAGAAACCUCUACUACAGAAGUGAAUAACACCAUAGAGUCAGUGGAAGACACGACAACGGUCGAGGAAGUGAAAACUGAAGACAAGAAAGUGAAUCUACUUAUUGGUGAUAAGAAAGAUUUGUGGGCAGACGACGACGAAGAGCACUACGUAGACCUAAAGCUAGACUCCCAAGGUCAGGUCAAGGUCGCGCGCCGCCGCGCCGCCGCCGCGCCGGGCUGGCUGCACAAGACGCUCGCUCGGGCUGAUGAUGAUGAUGAGAAGCAACUGAAGAAUUGCAUACUGAUGAAGAAGACCGCUAAUGUUGAUAAGGAAAUAACCUCCUACUCUCCCUACGCCCGCAACCCCGUGUUCGCGGGCGCACAUCACUCGGCGCACAUCGAGCUGAGUGUACUCGGCCGACACUUCCACCCCACUGUGGCGUUGUACGCGCAGAGGAUUUGUAACAACCAAAUAAUCCAGUACUCCGGCGACCCUCUAAAAGACUUCUCCGGCAUCCGUUUCCUGGACCGCUUCGUGUUCAAGAACCCGCAGCGGAGACCUGAAGUGAAUGAGGAUGAGGGAGUCAAGACUGUCCGCGGGUCGCACCCCAAGUUCGCUGUCAGGAAGAAUUAUGUUGCUAAGGGAAUAAGGAGUAUACCGGUGACAUCAUCGACGUACCUGAACGAGGACUCCAAGAAUAUCCCAGUGGACGAGCGGUUCCUUUACGAUUACCUCCAGAAGCGUCGCUCGGCGAAGGCCUCCGACGACGAAGACAGCGACAGUGACAACGACUCCGUGACCAGUGAGGACUUCGAGCAGUACCUGGACUCUGUCACCGGCACCGCCGCAGCAGAAGACUCGGACGAGGAGCUAGACUUCCUGACUGAGAUGGAGAAGGCGAAACAAAACAAGAAAUCCAAUAAGAAGAGCAAAGACGAGGAUGAACAGAGCGAUGAUCAGUUGGGAGGUGACGACGACGAUGAUGAUGAAGAAAACGAAGCUGGCGGAUUCGAUGAUGAUGAUGAUGACAUGGAGGGCGAGGAAGGUGGGCUUGACUUUGGUGAUGAUGAAGAGCUACUCCUAGAAGGCAGUGAUGAUGAAGAAGAUCAGAUUGAGGUGCCGGGCGCCAGCGGGAAGAAGGGGGGAAAGAACAAGCUGGGGCUGAAGCUUAAAGGCAAAGACGACCUCGGUUCCCUCUUCGCUUCGGCCGAAGAAUUCUCCACACUCCUAGAAGACACGGCGACCAAUAGUAAACAAGGCUCCAGUAAUGCUGUCUCUAACACAGACAACUCAAGCAUGAAGCAACUAGCUUGGGAGGACACCAGAGACAAAUGGCUCAAAGGUUACAACAGGAAAAUGCACGGCGCUAAAAAAGGCAAUUUCAAAAAAGGAAAGAAGCCACAAAAUGGCGGAUUCAACAAGAUGGCGGAUAAAAAGGCCGGGAAAAGGAAAGGGGGGAGUAUAGGUGCGGCCGCGUCGAAGAAAAAGAAGUUUAAGUGAAUGAUAGUUGUAAAUAAAUGAUUGUUUAAUGUGUA